CGGCCGCGGGGCCACGUGACCGCGGCCUGGCCUGCGCGUCCCAACUGUCCGCGCUCGGCUCGGCUCGGCUCGCCUCUCCUUGCUCGCCCCUGCCCUCAGGAUGGCUCUGGACUGGGUCGGCUUUGGCUAUGCAGCAUUGGUGGCUUCCGGCGGAAUAAUUGGCUACGCAAAAGCAGGUAGCGUCCCGUCUCUUGCUGCUGGACUCUUUUUUGGAGGUUUAGCAGGACUUGGCGCAUAUCAUUUAUCGCAGGACCCGAAGAAUGUGUGGGUUUCUCUGGCUGCAUCUGGGACCUUGGCUGGAAUCAUGGGGAUGAGGUUCUACAACUCUGGAAAAUUCAUGCCCGCUGGGUUAAUUGCUGGCGCCAGUUUCCUAAUGGUCGGAAGACUCGGACUAAGGCUGUUGGAUAAACCCAACCAGUCAUAGUCACAGAUCUACAACUACAGGGCUCUACAAUGACUGCCGUGUGCCCAGAAACUCGACACUUGGAUGUAAAGUGAAAUGAGAAAAAGACCUGAGCACUUCUGCAUUGUUAGCCUGAAUGUUUUGGUUUUAAUAUUCAAAAUAGAAUUAUUCCCUCAGUGAGUAGUGACUGCUCAUGACUUUGUCUCAGAUCAGUCCCCUCUUUGGAUGCUUGCAAGAGAAAUCUUAUAUGAAAGGAGAGCAGUCAACACUUUGGGGAUAGAAUGGUGUUGUGUGUCAGCUGAAGGCCUGGUAUGAAAGCAAAAUAUCAAACAUUGCAGAUCUCAAAGUGAUUUAGGUUGCCUGCUCCCCUAUUGCCAGAAAAGCAAAUACCUGCCUCUGAACUCUCUAAAACAUCUUUGUGAAAUUAGGUUAGUAAAAUGUCCUUUAAGUGAGGAGAAAAAAUUUUAAUGCAGAUGAAAUAAACAUUUUAUGUUAAAUCAUUAUUGACCA